CGGUCGCUGAUCGGCGCCAACGCGGACUCCACUCGGCGACCGCGCGACGGCUGCUCGGAGUGAGCGCGAUGAAAUUCAAGUCGAAUCUCAUUCCGUAAGAAGAAGGAGCUAAGGAAGCAAUAAUAGAACAUGAACUCUAAUUUAUGAAGUUAAUAUCAAUUAAGUGUAAUAAAAAUGACUAGAGUGGAGACAGACGCGUUGAUAGCGCCGAAAGUUCAGACUAGGAAGAAAUUAGUACCACCCGAUGGAGGAUGGGGCUGGAUGGUACUGCUCGGGACUGGAAUGUCCAAUAUUUUCAAUCAAUCAAUGUUAUCUCUAUUCAGUUUGCUGUAUGGAGAUGCAUUAGAAGCAAUGGGACAUAACACUCAAGGGGCAGCCCUAGUAUUAAGUACAAUGUUGUUUGUGACCAAUUUUGGGGGUCCGAUUGCAGGAGCUGUAGUUAAAUUGACAUCAACAAGAUUUGUCGCAUUUAUUGGAGCCUGCUCAUGUACUUUAGGAAUAUUUUUCAGUGGUUUCUCUACAAAUAUUUGGCACUUGGUGUUUACGUAUGGAAUAUUAUUAGGUUUAGGUCUAGGUUUCAUUCAAAAUGCAUCAUUCGUCGCUAUAAAUAGCUACUUUCAUCUUCGAAAGAGCCGAGCGGUCGGCUUAGCUAACGCGGGCACAGGUGUGGGACAAACUGUAAUGCCGCAUUUAGUCCACUACCUACUGGUAAACUUUGGGUUUCGAGGAGCAUGCUUGAUGCUGUCUGCUUUAAGUUUACACGGGAUCGCAGGCGUUUUGUUGAUUCAUCCAGUCGAAUGGCAUAUGAAGGAGAUAGAAGAGGAAGUAGUAGUCGAUGAAAAUUUACAAUUAUUAGAAAAUAAACAUAAAGACAUUGUGAUAAAUAAAAUAUCUCAUACCAAUGGAGAUGCUACUUACAAAAGAGGACGUCGUUCGACGGAACCUAGUAUUACGAAUAACAAAGAAAAGCCUCAGUUUACUAAGAAAUCUCACAGUUUCAAAGACUUAAUUGCUGAGAAACAAAUGAAAGCAGUCGAAAAUGGAGCUAGCGGAAUGAACAACAAUGUUGAAGAACCCUUAAUGAAGAAGACGCUGCUCAAGAAACUCUAUGACUUGUUCGAUGUGUCAUUGUUGUCCAGCCCGAGAUUUAUUAAUAUUCUCAUCGGAACUGCGUUAUCUGUAACAUCAAUUCAAAAUUUUAGUAUGCUGUUCCCAUUAUUCCUUCAGAAAGUAGCAAAUAUGGAUAAACAGAAAACAGCAAUGUGCAUGUCGGCCAUCGCAGGCGCAGAUAUUGCGGGACGUCUCAUCUUGCCGAUUUUCCAAGACAAGUACCGCAUCAAAGCGCGAUGGAUGCUCAUUAUGACUUCCGUUUGGCUUAUUAUAGUUAGACAAAUUCUGGCGUAUCAGACUGAUUUAUCAGUUCUCAUGCUGAUGUCAUGCCUGUACGGUUUUGGGAGGAGUAUGAUCAUUGUGGCAAGAAACAUUGCCAUUUCUGAGAACUGUCGCCCUGAACAAGUCCCAGCCGCUGUAGGUUUAGGAAUGUUGACCAUGGGAAUUAUUGUUCCCCCAGCUGGGUAUUUCCUCGGAUGGAUCAGAGAUUAUACAGACAGCUAUAUCAUUUGUAUCACAGCCCAGAACUUGCUGCUUAUAGUACUCCUGGCUACGUGGAUACCAGAUAUGAUACUCCUGCAUAUAAAAGAAAAACGGGAGAAUAAAAAAGAUAUACAAUUGGAAAUGUCGUAGUGUAAUUAAAGCUAGAUAUAGAAUGAGGAAACAAAUGAUACUCCAGUUUACGAGAUUUUUUUGGCUUUUUUGAAGACAAUACACUAAGAACAAACUAAGAUCGCGUCAAUGUUGAAAAAUAAAUGGCUGUGCUAUAGAAAAAAUAUGUUAAACAAAUUUAAAUUUAAAUAUUGUAAGCAUAAGCAGCAAUUUACAUUUGCAUAUGAUAAUCAUGGUACACUAUUUUGCUGAAUAUUUCGAAUUAUAUAACAAUUAUAACCACUUAUAUACAAUGAAAUUGAAUAAAGGCCGUUGUAGUGUGUGUGAUAUACCUCAGACUACUACACUGUUUCGAGUGGUUUUUAUUUAAGUAAAAUACGGAUGUCAGUGCACAUAAUCUUAUACAUAUUAUGUAAUAUGUCUACUUAACAUUGUACUUAAGUAUACAGGACGCUAAAAAUAAUUGUUUUACCGACAAAGUUGAAACACUGUCCCGUCCAGAAUUACAAAAUUUGAAAUAUUGAUAUUUCACUUUCACCUUCCAUUGCGUGCUAAAUUUAUACUCGCGUUGUAGUAGUUGUGAAUUGAUUAUUGUAAAAUUAAAUAUUUUAAACAUUAAUUUAAAAUAACACAAGUAGCCCAGUAAAGAAAUGUUACUGAUACAAUGUACUGAUGCUGACUUUAUCUCUAGUCUUAAUACAAAUUAAUCAAUUAAACGUGUUUUUGUUUUGAUUUUUGUUUCCGUCGUCACUAAUUUACUUAAGUAAAGUUUAUUUCUUUUAUAUUUGUUCUGCGCUUGUGCUGAGCUCAUUGACCUUAUUCUUUCCGGCAUUUAUAUUAUUGACAUUGACUUACAAAUAAAUGGACGACGGGUCUAAUACAAAAACCACGAAAAAAAUGUCCCAAGUCAACCUAUUCGAAAUUUAAAUUGUAAUGUCAU